UCUCCUGCACACCCCAAUCUGGAUAUCGGAAAAUUUCUUGCACUAAUAAAGCAUGUUUUCGACAACUGUCACUCUCAAAACCCAUUUUGGGAAGUCAUUUUUCACGGAUCUAAAGCUCACCUUUUCUCUCUCUGUUUUCUCAACGUCUCACUUCAAGGUUACUUGGUCGGGAUGAUCCUCGCUUUUGUGGCUUCCAUGCUAUCCUACUCUGGUCAGCCAGCAUUGCUCUAUUUGUGUCCGUGCACUCUUGGAUUUACCGUCGUAACGGCUUGUUGUUGUGGUGGUCGAGAGGAAUUGUACAAACUCUGGAACGGUCAAUUCCCGAUCGCAUUGAGUCCGCCUACAUACACACCCGCUCCGGACGAUGAGGAAGAUCCGAAUAAAACAACCGGAGUCUUCACACUCGGUGCAAACCAUAACAGGGACACGGUUGUUCUGCCCUCGAUGACCGCUGGAGAUCGACUUCCUGAUGCUCAAAACAACUUUUCAGCCUAG